AGACGCUGCCGCCGCCACCGCGUCAUCUCAAUAACAAUCAUGGGAUUCAAAAAGUUUUACUCUAUUAAGUACAUAUUACUCAAUAUAAAAUCCAAUGGGGAUGUGGAACACCACAGAAUGAGAUCUGUCUCGAUAGAUAAUUUUCCGAAACCGAUGUGUAAUGCGAUGUUCGCAUCAUAUUCUAUCUUGUGAAGAAAAUGAAAAGAAUAAAAUUAUAAAUAUUUAAACAAAAUAUACGAGUGUAAAAGCUUAAUUUUUUUUAUUUUGUUUUUUGCUGCAGAUUAUAAUCGGCGACAUUUCAGUUUCAAAGUUGAUUCGGUUGCAGUUAGAUUGUCAGAAGCGGACAUACAACAAUGUUAUACCCAUUAGAAGAGUGUAUAUUUGAAUUUUCCAAAAAUUAAGUUUCUGACGUAAAUUCAAUGACUUUUGGAAAGUUGCGUGCGUAUUCGCAUAAGAAUUGUAAAUACGAGUAUGUUUCCAUGAAUAUUUUUGUUCUAGUGAAGUGGUAUUUCUUUAUAUUGUGAAUUUUGUUUAUAAUUUUCCAAAAAUAAAUCAAUGAUUAAACAUGAAAUAAAAUUUCUUAUUUUGAAAUUCACAUUAUUAAAACUAGUUCAUCGGAAAAGUUAAUUUUAUUGAAAUGUAAUGUAUAAUAUUCUUUCAACAAAAAAAAAAAAAGAAAUAACCUCAGAUUUAGUCAGUUGAUCGGUCGGAUGCUACAUUUUUUUUUUGUUCUGAUGUUAAUCGUACCUAUUUGCGUGAUCCAAAAGUCAUAAGAAGCCGCAAGGAAAUUCUUCAGAUUUGAAAAUAAACAAAUAUCUAUUUCUAUCUUGCAAUAUAUUUCAUAAUAGCGACCUUCGGCGUUUCUUAAAUUAAAUCAGUGACAAAUGCUUUACUAUGUUUUUACAAAUUUAAAUAAACAACUUUCAUUAGAAGCUUUUGCGCGUGCUGCAUAUUGUAAAACAUCUUUCAAACAAAUAAAAUCUGUAAAAGACAUCAGUUUUGCUAUCUAAAAAAUAAAAUUUGUAUUUGUCUAAACUACCAUAAAAAACCGUUAAACAAUAUAUUUCUUUGUAUUAAUUAAAAUACAAAAUAUUAAUUUUGUAACAAAAAAAAAAAACAAUUUGUGUUUUUAUUACAAAGCUAUAAAACCUUAUUGAAAACCUACCAAGCGUGAAAUUAUAAUAACAAAAGACUGAAGAUUCCACAAAGAUGUCAGAAAAACUAAUUCAAGUUAUAUUCUUCAUUUUAGCAAUUUUUUCUUCGGUUCAGUCGUUUGGAGAUAAGCCUGAAGGUUUUGAGCGGGAAUCGUGUAACCGAAAAGGAUUGAUUCAACCAGUAACAGAAUAUCGAAAAAGACUCCAAGCUGUACGUGAGCAAAUGUUAAUCCGAGCUUCACUUCAGGGACCAGAAAUAGAUGCCUACAUCCUUACUUCCUAUGAUGAACAUCUUAAUGAAGAAGUUGCUGUACGAGAUCAAAGAUUACAGUAUCUUACAGGUUUCACAGGACGAAAUGCAUUUGUUGUGAUAACACAUAAAGGAUCUGCUUUAUGGACAGAAAAUCGAUAUUUACAACAAGCCGACGGAGAACUAGAUUGUAAUUGGAACAUAUACCCUUUGAAUGAAACAUUUCAAAUCGCCGAUUGGUUAGUGUUUUAUUUAGAACCAGAUAUGCGAGUUGGCGCUGAUCCUCACUUGGUUCCUCACAAUACUUGGUUACGAUGGGAAAGAGAGCUGAUGGAUAAGUUUUUCACUUUAGUCAAAGUAAACAAUAAUUUAGUGGAUCUUAUCUGGGGAUGGGAUCGUCCACCGUCACAAAAUAUAACCAUUAAUAUUCAAGACUUAAGAUUUGCGGGUGAGAAAUGGCAAAGUAAGGUAGAAAAUUUAAGACAAACACUUAAAGAACACAUGUGCGAUGCAAUGGUUGUGACUUCUCUAACAGAAAUAGCCUACCUUUUGAAUAUAAGAGGUAGAGAUAUACCUUAUACGCCGGUAGUAAAGGCUUAUCUAAUUGUUUCACAACAAGACUUAAUACUUUACGUUGAUCGUGUAAAAGUUCAUCUUGGACUGUUGCUUCACUUAAAGGCUGAUUUAUGCCAUAGCACUGUUUGUGUUGACAUAAAGGAGUACAAUGCAGUAUGGAGUGAUAUUCGAACCUUUAAUCAAAUCUGGAAAAAAGUUCUAAUUCCUGCUCCUUGUCCGUUGGAUCAUGGAGCUUCCCAAGCGGUUUAUACUUCAAUUCAACAAAAUCUUAUUUACGAACACGUCUCACCAAUAAUAUUUAUGCGUGCUCAGAAAAACUUUGAAGAACGGAUGGGAAUGCGUGCAGCUCAUAUUCGUGAUGGAGCUGCAAUGUGUGAGGCAAUGAGUAAUCUCGAACAAAGAUUCAACACAGAAAAAUGGACAGAAGAGACAAUAAAAUUUGAAGUCGAACGCAGUCGUCUUUCACAGCCACAUUCCAAGGGACUAUCCUUACGCACAGUUGUUGCCUUUGGGAAACAUUCCGCCUUGCCAUUUUAUAUUUCCAGCAAUGUAACCGACAUUGAUGUCACUGAUCAGAGUACAUUAGUAAUUGAAUCUGGUGGGCAAUAUUUUGAUGGUACAACGGAUGUCUCGAGAACUUUUCAUUUCGGUCAGCCGACAACAGAACAGCGGCAGGCAUAUACAAAUGUUCUAUCAGGAAUUUUGCGGUUAUCACAUUUGAAGUUCCCAGCAGAUUUGCGACCAUCGGAGAUUGAUGCUCUUUCACGUAGUGCUGUAUGGGAUGCAAUGAGUGAUUAUCCACAUGCUACGGGUCAUGGAAUUGGAUCUCAUUUGUCCGUAGAAGAACCUCCAAUUGCUGUAUCAUAUACGGACAAUAGCACAUUUCAUUUUAGAGAGGGAUACUAUUUUUCCAAUGAGCCCGGUUACUAUCGACGUGGCUCGUUUGGCAUUCGUUUGGAGAACGUUUUGGAGGUUUUAGAUACCGGACGAACACACCCAUCUGGAUCUAAAUUUUUGGCCUUUACCGAAGUAACAUUGGUGCCUUAUGAACCAAAAUUAAUAGACCGAACUAUACUUAGCGCUCAGGAGAAACGUUGGUUAAAUGAGUAUAAUGGAAAAAUUCGUCAGCUUGUGGGCGAUGAGCUGAAACGACAGGGCAAUAUGCAAGCGUUUUACUGGAUGAUGAAUAAAACUCGUCAUAUAAGAGAAUUUUUACCGGAAGAUGAGUAUCGUGUCUCUAAAGGCAGUUCCAUUCAAAUCAUCACAUCAUUAUGGUUGGCGAUAAGUAUUACAAUACUAAAUGAAUUCAUCCAAAGAUUUUUGUGAUAUCGAAUUUUAAUAGAAAAUAUGUAGUACCUAAUUUAAAAAAAUUAAAUGCGAAGUUAUGGCAAUCAUUUAAGCUGUAUUUUUAGUGUAGUUAACAAAAUUAACAUUGUUUUAAUAUUCUUUAAGAAAAUCUUAUUAAAUAAAUCAAUAUCGACUUGAGAAAAAUAAAAAA